AUGGCGACGGCGCCGCCGGAGGCAGCGUCGGAGGAAGAGCUGAUGGUGAGGCACAGACGGCAGAAGAGAAUGGAGUCGAACCGGGAGUCGGCGCGGCGGUCGCGGAUGCGGAAGCAGAUGCAGCUGGAGAAGUUGACGACGGAGGUGAGCUGGCUGCGGCGAGACAAGAGGCAGCUUGUGGCCGUCCUCUGCGUCACCGUGCAGCGCUGCGCGGCGAUGGAGGCCGACAACGCCGUCCUCCGGGCGCAGGUCGCGGAGCUGACAGAGGCGCUGGAGGCGUUGGAGCAGAUCCUGCUCAACGUGGCGGGAACCGCAUGCACCGGCAUCAGCGUCGUCGACUGCUCCAUUCCUCUUCCCGGUUGCUUCGGGAACUACUACAACGGUGCGUUCGUCACGACGGCGAAUCACCAGCUAGCAGCGACCGAGGAAGAGGCGGCGGCGGCGGCGCGCAUGGUUAUGUCCUCCCCUGACAUGCUUAAUUACUACUUGAAGCCACAAUGA